AAUCUGGUAUCCUGCGAAAAGCUUGUGAGAAACGGUUUGAAGCUCAUCUUCUAGCGUCUAUUUCGAGUGCAAUAGUGACGUUGAGUGGGGUGACCCAAGUCAACAAUAAACAGGCAGCUGAAAUAUUGGCCAAAAGCAAUGAUGAAAGAAUGCCACCACUCGAAGUUGAUUAUGAUCCCUCAUCAUCUAAAGAUGGUUAUACUACGGAUUCGGAUUCAUCAUCACCUAAAGACAAUUAUAUUAUAGAUUCAGAUUCUGAAAAAUCUUCCCAGGUGUCGAUAGCAAUGAAAAACGAGAUAAACUGCAUAUAUCGAAAGAUGGAAACCAGAUCAAAGUGGCACCUAUCAAUAGGCAAAUGUGUUGAAGACGCAUUGUUUGAUUUUGGAAUGGCUGCGGACUAUGAGCAUCUCGCUCACUCAUUCAUUAUCAACCUAGAUGAUGAAACGUACAAUUCAAUAUUUACUGAAGAGGAGCUUAAUGAAAUUCGGACUUACAACAGUAAAGAACUUCCUGAAGUACCAGAUUAUCUUCUCGAAUAUCUAUUGAAAUAUGAAAAAGAUUCGUUAGAGGAGUUGAGGGAGGUCCUAACAGAAAAGGAAUCCUGGGAAGGAAGAAACUAUGACAAAAGCAAUCAUUUUAAUUUUGAAUGGAUAAAAAGAUCAAUGCAUAAUCUGAAAAAUAAGCGAGAGUAUAGAUGUUCAGAGGCUGGGAGAUACUUUAAAGGAAUAAACGACACAAAGAUUUUAAAGGAAAGGGGACUUAAGUGUCCUAAGAUAUUGAAAGACAUCUUUGUUGAUCUUGGUAAUGCAGUAAGAUGGGAAGCCGAAACAGUAAGGCAGAUGGAAGUAAUUAGCUGGAUUCAUGCUGCCGAAGAAGCUGGCCAGUUCGGGGAGAACCUGGAAUUUUUUACCCUGGUAUUGAAAGCUAAAUCCAUAAUCAAGAAAACUAUAUCAUUGGUUGAAG